AUGAAAGCCCUCGUCUACACCGGCCCAGGCACAAUCCAAGUCCUCGACCGCCCCAAACCAACCAUCCAAACUCCCACAGACGCGAUCGUCCGUCUCUUACAUGCCUCCAUUUGUGGUACAGAUCUGCACAUCCUCAAAGGCGAUGUCCCCAGCGCACAACCCGGACUGGUCCUGGGCCAUGAAGGCGUCGGGGUAAUCGAUGCCGUGGGCUCCGCCGUCCAGGAAUUACACGUCGGCGACCGCGUGGUAAUCUCUUGUAUGACCUCGUGCGGUGCUUGUCGCUUCUGUCAGCGUGGUUUGCCAUCGCAUUGUCUCACCGGUGGCUGGACGCUGGGGAAUACCAUCGAUGGUACCCAGGCUGAGUUUGUCCGGAUACCCCAUGCGACACUCUCGUUGCAUCGACUCACGGCUUCGAUCGAUCCGCGUGCUGCCCUGGGUAUCUCCGAUGCCCUCCCAACAGGUCUGGAGUGUGGUGUCCUCAGUGCGAACGUGCAGCCGGGUAGUUCGGUGGUGAUUGUCGGGGCAGGUCCCGUGGGCAUGGCUGCGCUGCUCACGGCACGACUGUAUUCACCGUCGCUGGUGGUGAUGGUGGAUCUGGACGAGGCACGACUGGCCACGGCGCGACAACUGGGCGCGCAUGCCACUGUGAACUCUUCCGCCGCAGAUACGCGAGAACAGCUCCUGGCACUGACCGAGGGAUUGGGAUUCGACGCGGUGAUCGAAGCCGUGGGGAUUCCGGCCACAUUUGCCUUGUGUCAAGAGCUGGUCGCCGUGGGAGGGCGCAUCGCGAAUGUGGGCGUCCACGGGACAGCAGUGGAUUUGCAUCUGGAGAAGUUGUGGGAUCGAAAUAUCAGUAUCCACAUGUCGCUGGUCAAUGCGACGACGACACCCCAACUGUUGCGACUGGUGGAGUCGGGGAUGCUGGAGAUUGGUUCGCUAGUGACCCAUCACUUUCCCAGCGCAGAGGGAGCCACCGCGUACAAGACGUUCCAAGCAGCGGCACACCACCAAGCGCUCAAGGUGGCCAUUGACUUUGAAACAAAGUAG